AUGGCCGAGGGCGGCGGGGGCGCGCGGAGGAGGGCGCCGGCGCUGCUCGAGGCGGCCCGCGCGCGCUACGAGAGCCUGCACAUCUCCGACGACGUGUUCGGCGAGUCGGGCCCGGACAGCGGCGGGAACCCCUUCUACAGCACGUCUGCCGCCUCGCGCUCCUCCUCGGCCGCCUCCUCGGACGACGAACACGAGCGCCCCGGCCCCCCGCCGCCGCCCGGCGCCCCGGACGCGCAGGAGCCGGAGGAGGACGAGGCUGGCGCGGGCUGGAGUGCCACGCUGCGGGACCGCCCGCCCCCGCGCUUCGAGGACACCGGCGGUCCAACCCGAAAGAUGCCCCCCGGCGCCAGCGCCAUGGACUUCUUCCAGCUCUUCGUCCCAGACAACGUGCUCAAGAACAUGGUGGUGCAGACAAACAUGUAUGCCAAGAAGUUCCAGGAGCGCUUUGGCAGCGACGGCGCCUGGGCCGAGGUGACGCUGACAGAGAUGAAGGCGUUCCUGGGCUACAUGAUCUCCACCAGCAUCUCCCACUGCGAGUCGGUCCUCAGCAUCUGGAGCGGAGGCUUCUACAGCAACCGGAGCCUCGCCCUUGUCAUGAGCCAGGCCCGCUUCGAGAAGAUCCUCAAGUACUUCCACGUGGUGGCCUUCCGCUCCAGCCAGACCACGCACGGCCUCUACAAGGUCCAGCCCUUCCUCGACUCCCUGCAGAACGGCUUCGACUCUGCCUUCAGGCCUUCCCAAACCCAGGUGCUACAUGAACCCCUGAUUGACGAGGACCCUGUGUUCAUUGCCACGUGCACGGAGAGGGAACUCCGAAAGAGGAAAAAGCGGAAAUUCAGCCUCUGGGUCAGGCAGUGUUCCUCCACUGGCUUCAUUAUCCAGAUUUACGUCCACCUGAAGGAAGGCGGGGGCCCCGAUGGGCUGGACGCACUGAAGAAUAAGCCCCAGCUGCACAGCAUGGUGGCCCGAAGCCUGUGCCGUAACGCAGCGGGCAAGAACUACAUCAUCUUCACGGGGCCCAGCAUCACCAGCCUGACCUUGUUUGAGGAGCUGGAAAAGCAAGACAUUUACUGCUGCGGCCUGCUCAGCUCCAGGAAGAGUGACUGCACCGGCCUGCCCCUGUCCAUGCUGACGAACCCGGCCACCCCCCCAGCCCGGGGCCAGCACCGCAUCAAGAUGAAGGGGAACAUGUCUCUGAUCUGCUGGUACAACAAAGGGCACUUCCGCUUCCUGACCAAUGCCUACUCGCCGGUGCAGCAAGGAGUGAUCAUCAAGAGGAAGAGUGGGGGCAUCCCCUGCCCCUUGGCCGUGGAGGCAUUUGCUGCGCACCUUAGCUACAUCUGCAAAUACGAUGACAAGUACAGCAAGUAUUUCAUUUCUCAUAAACCGAACAAGACCUGGCAGCAGGUGUUCUGGUUCGCCGUCAGCAUCGCCAUCAACAACGCCUACAUCCUCUACAAGAUGUCCGAUGCCUACCACGUGAAGAGGUACAGCCGGGCGCAAUUUGGCGAGAGACUGGUGAGGGAGCUGCUGGGCCUGGAGGAGGCCUCACCAGCCCACUGAUGCCACCGCGGCCAGGCUUAGGUGAGGACCAG